GUAGAUUUAGUGGUUUCGGCUGAAGAGAGAGUUGGGGUGUUUGUAGAAGAGACUAGCUCUGUAGUUUCUGUCUCUGGGGCCAAUGCAAAGCUUUGGGCUAUACUAGGAGUUGGUGGUAGAUCUUGCAUAUAG